AUGGGUUAUAUUGUGGCGGAAAGUGAUGCUGAUUUAAAACCACCAAAAGAAGAGUUUUCUCCAAAGACAUCAAUAAUCUCUUUGAAGGACAUGUCUCGUUUAAGAGAGAUUGAAGAGAUUGAAGAUUGCUUUAUUCUUGAAUCCAAUCCUUAUGACUCCCUUACUACAUUUCCAACGCUUUCGAAGCUGCUAUAUGAUGACGAUGAUGAUCUUGAUACAGUCGAGCAAGGCGAGGUCGCGUGUAGGGACUAUCCACAUUCGAGGCAUCUCUGUGCUAUGCACCCAUUUUACAACACUCCUCACUACAAUCAUUGCAAAAUGUGUUAUUGCUACGUUUGUGAUAUGCCAGCACCUUGCGAGCAAUGGACUGAACAAUCAAGUUACUUCAAGCAUUGCGAAGCCACUCCUGAUAUUCAGAUUUGGAGAGAUCUUAGGACUGCGAGAAAGAGAAAUAUACACAUCAAAUUUGAUGAAAUUUAUUCGCAACUUGAGUAUGUGCCUAACUUCAAUAUCCACACUAGUCACUAG